GCCGUCCGGCCGGCGAUGGGGGAGGCUGGGCCGGGGCCGGCCCCGGGACCAAGACCGAGGGAGACGCCGCAGCCGGAGGAGGACGAGGCGGCGGCGCCGGGCGGCCCGCGGGGGAGCCGGACCGGGCCCCGUGGCGGCAUCCGGGUGCUGAAGAGAAACGUGAAGCGCAACGGGAGCAGAAGCUGUUUGAACAGGAGUCGGUUUGGUUCCCAUGAGAGGGGCUGGCUGAAGGAAGACGUAGGACGAGGCUGCGUGUAUGUGCAUGGGCGAGAUUCUGCAGUUGCUGCUGCUUCAGAUUUGCGCUUGGUCCUCUGCACAGUGGACACCCCAGCAUCUGAGAUCUGUGAUGGAGAAGGGAGGAAAAACCUCUUCUUGCAACUUCAUGGAGACCUGGUCAGGAGGCUGGAGCCCACAGAAAAACCCCUUCAGAUUGUGUAUGACUACUUGGCUCAGUUGGGUUUUGAUGAUCCCGUCAGAAUGCAGGAAGAGGCAGCAAACUCUGAUCUCAGCUGCAUGAUUCGCUUUUUCAGUGAAAAGCCAUGUCAAGUGGAGCAGUUAGAUCGCAUCCUGCUCUCUGGUGUCUAUAAUGUACGCAAGGGAAAGACCCAGCUGCACAAGUGGGCAGAGCGCUUGGUGAUGCUCUGUGGUACGUGCCUCAUUGUGUCCUCUGUGAAAGACAGCCACACGGGGAAGAUGCACAUCUUGCCUCUUGUUGGAGGAAAGGUGGAAGAGAUGAAGCGCCGGCAGUACACGCUUGCUUUCACAUCUGCUGGAGCACAAGCCCAGACAUACCAUGUCUCCUUUGAAACACUGGCAGAGUGCCAGAGGUGGCACCGACAGGCGUCCACGGUUGUGUCUAUGCGACUUGGCAUGGUUGAUCUUUCAUGCUACAGCCUUGAGGAACUACCUGAGCACCUCUUCUACAGUCAAGACAUUGUCUACCUCAACCUACGACACAAUUUUAUGAGAUCAAGUGGAGCAGGGAGUCUUGACUCUCUUUGCAGGUUUUCUCAGUUGAAGAGCCUGAACCUGUCUCAUAAUAGACUGGGAGAGUUUCCUGUGUCACUGUGUGAGAUCUCUACUCUGACAGAGCUUAACGUUUCCUGUAAUGGACUUCACCAUUUGCCAAGCCAGAUUGGCAAACUGUUGAAUCUCCAGACCUUCUGGCUUGACGGGAAUUUCCUCACCUCCUUACCAGAAGAACUGCAAAGUCUGCAACAGCUCAGCUGUCUUGGGCUUUCCUUCAAUAACUUCUGUGAACUGCCAGCAAUUUGUGAGCAACUUGUCCUCUUAGACAAAUUAGCCCUGGCAGGGAACUCAAUAGAGACCCUGGACCUGGCCGUGCUGAACCGUAUGAGUCACAUCAAAAGCGUGGACCUGAGGCUGAACAACCUGAAGAGAGCAGCAGCUGACACUCUGGAGGGGAACAAAUCUGUAACUUACAUGGAUUUACGAGACAAUCAGAUGACAGAUUUGGAUCUGAGCUCCUUGGGCAACCUGGAGCAGCUGCACUGUGAGAGGAAUAAAUUGAAAGAGUUGACACUGAGUGGCUUCUCCCUUCGGGCCCUCUAUGCCAACAGCAACUGUCUAACAGCUGUCAAUAUUUAUCCAGUUCCUGGUCAACUGACUUGUCUAGAACUCUCUCACAAUCAGCUUCAGUGUGUUCCAGACUGGGCCUGUGAAGCAAAGAAACUGGAAGUUCUGGAUGUGAGCUACAACCUUCUUGUGGAUCUUCCGUCAAGGAUCCUCAGCAGCUUGAGCCUUCAGAAGUUGAUGGUGGGGCACAAUCGUCUGCAGAGCCUUCCUCCUCUUCUAGAACACAUUCCACUGGAAGUGCUGGACCUUCAGCACAACCUGCUGACUAAACUGCCAGAGACACUCUUUGUCAAGGCUCUGAACCUCAGGUACCUGAAUGCGUCUGCAAACAGCCUGGAGUCCUUGCCCUCUGCAUGUACAGGGGAGGAAAGUCUGAGCAUGCUGCAGCUGCUUUACUUGACCAAUAAUAACCUCACAGAUCAAUGCAUCCCUGUCUUGGUGGGACACCCGAGCCUACGGAUCCUGCACCUGGCAAACAACAACCUACAGACCUUCCCUGCAAGCAAGCUUAGUAAACUGGAGCAUUUGGAAGAGCUGAAUCUGAGUGGCAACAAACUGAAAACAAUUCCCACAACAGUGGCAAACUGCAAACUACUUCACACACUUAUUGCACACUCUAAUGAAAUCAGCAUCUUCCCAGAGAUCCUGCAUUUGCCCCGAAUUCAGUUUGUGGAUUUGAGCUGCAAUGAGUUAACUGAAAUCCUAAUCCCUGAGGCACUGCCAGGUGCCUUGCAAGAGUUGGACCUGAGUGGAAACACAAACCUGGUGCUAGAGCACAAGACACUGGACAUCUUCAGUCACAUUACCACGCUGAAGAUUGAUGCUAAGCCCUCCCUCACAGCAGACACAGCACUCACUUCUACCUUCUGGAGUCAUGGAGUGGCUGAGAUGGCAGGCCAAAGAAAUAAGUUGUGUGUGUCAUCCCUGGCACUAGGGAGCUUUGCAGAGGGCAUGGAGGCUGUGUAUGGCAUGUUUGAUGGUGACAAGAACGAGGAGCUGCCACGCUUGCUGCAGUGCACCAUGGCUGAUGUCCUCCUGGAGGAGGUGCAGCAGUCAGACACCAUGUUCAUGUCCAACACCUUCUUGGUCUCCCACAGGAAGCUGGGCAUGGCUGGGCAGAAGCUGGGGUCCUCUGCUGUCCUUUGCUAUAUUCAUCACGAUGUGGCUGAUGCAGUCAGCAACUUCUCUCUGACGGUGGCCAAUGUGGGGACGUGCCAAGCCGUUCUGUGCCGAAGUGGAAAACCACUGCCUCUCUCCAAAGUCUUCAGCCUUGAACAAUGUUCAGAAGAAGCCAAGAGAGUCAAGGAGCAAAAAGCCAUUAUAACAGAGGACAAUAAGGUGAAUGGUGUGACUUGCUGCACUCGGAUGCUGGGCUGCACAUACUUACAUCCCUGGAUCCUGCCCAAACCACAUGUCAAUUCCAUUCCACUGACUGUACAAGACGAGCUGUUACUUCUAGGGAACAAAGCUCUCUGGGAGCACCUUUCCUACACAGAGGCUGUCUCAGCUGUGCGCCACCUACACGACCCUCUGGCUGCUGCGAAGAAACUCUGCACUUUAGCCCAAAGCUAUGGUUGCCAAGACAAUGUAGGUGCAGUGGUUGUGUGUCUGAACAUCAGUGAUGACAGCUGCACGUGUGAGAUGCAUGGCCUCACCCUGCCAGGUUCUGGGGGAUUUAGUUCCACCUCUACCAAGCCGGCAACACCUUCAUCUAGCAGUGGAAUUGCUUCAGAGUUCAACAGUGAACUGUCUGCUUCUGAGGUUAGCAGUGAGGUGGGUUCUACUGCUUCAGAUGAACACAGUGCUGUUGGUCUUGAUGGCAGUUUGCUACCACGACAAGAGCGACGUUGCAGCCUACACCCUGUACCCCCUUCAAGCAUCUUUCAGCGCCAACCUUCUAGUGCCACCUUCUCUAGCAACCAGUCUGACAAUGGUCUAGAUAGCGAUGAUGAGCAGCCUGUGCAAGGUGUGAUGACAAAUGGCAGUAAAGUGGAGGUAGAGGUGGAUAUCCACUGCUGCAAAGGAAAGGAGCUGCUGGAGUCUGAACCUCCUUCUGCAGAGUAUAGCUCCUCUGCUCCAGGGCCAGAGGAUGACUCCGGGCUUGUCCUUGUCAUUCAGAGACAGAAUAGUGUAAACAGCAACACUGUGCAGAGAGGGGUCAAGGAAAAGUGUGAACUGCAAAAAUCUCUUUCCACAUGCUGUCUCUAUGGAAAGAAGCUUUCCAAUGGCUCCAUAGUGCCCUUGGAGGAGAGCCUCAACCUCAUUGAAGUAGCCACAGAGGCACCGAAGAAGAAGACAGGCUAUUUUGCUGCUCCAUCACAGAUGGAGCCAGAAGAUCAAUUUGUGGUGCCACCUGAUCUGGAGGAGGAAGUGAAGGAACAAAUGAAGCAGCACCAGGAGAAUGGAGCAGAUCAGGAACAGAAAGAGGAACAUGCAGUGACUUUGCCAGAGGAGUUUGACACAGCUUUGUAACCCUAAAAGUACUGCUCCCAGAUCAUCUGUCCCAGGAA